GGGGGGGCCGGCUCGGCGGGGCCGGCAGUGAGCGGGCGGCAGGCCCCGCCGCCGCCAUGAAGAGCCCGGGGGAGGCGGAGGAGCCGCCGCCAGCUGACUGCAUCCAGCUGAAAGUGCCAGUCAUCCAGCAGCUGUACCACUGGGACUGUGGGCUAGCCUGCUCCAGGAUGGUGCUUCAGUACCUGAACCAUUUGGACAAUGAUGAAUUUCAGAAAGCCAUCCAGGAACUCCAGUUAACAAAGAGUAUCUGGACUAUUGACCUGGCCUACCUGAUGCGGCACUUUGGUGUUAAGCAUAAAUUUUGCACCCAGACACUUGGAGUGGACAAGGGCUACAAAAAUCAGUCAUUUUACAGAAAGCACUUUGACACAGAAGAGAAUCGAGUGAAUCAGCUCUUUGCACAAGCCAAAGCCUGCAAGGUGGUGGUAAAGAAGUGCACAGUAACUGUACAAGACAUCCAGAACCACCUGUCCCAAGGCCAUGUAGCCAUUGUCCUAGUGAAUGCAGUCCUGCUAUUAUGUGAUCUUUGCUCCAGUCCUGUCAAAUACUGCUGCUUCCUCCCCAUUGGACAGAAGUGCUUCUGCAGGAAUCCUGACUACCAGGGCCAUUUCAUUGUUUUGUGUGGCUACAACAAAGCCUCAGGGAGUAUUUACUACAACAACCCUGCCUAUGCUGACCGAACGUGCUGCACCAGCAUCAGUAACUUUGAGGAAGCCAGGACAAGUUAUGGCACUGAUGAAGAUAUUCUGUUCAUCUACACAGACAGCUGACAUCCACACCUGAUACUUGGGGCCCUUUCCUGUGCAGCCUGCAUGGCAGCUGGCUGCUUGUCUCAGGACUCCCCCUGCAGGGACCUUGCUCCUGAACUGCAGUGGGAUCUUAACCAUGGGAAGCUUUAUAGACAUUGACAGGACUCUACCACAACGCUGUCUUUUGGGUUUUUUUCCCUGAUGAGGAAUCUGAUUCUGUGGUGUACAUCUCACUUUUUUUUUUUUUCCUCAUUUUCAACACUGCACGUCUGACAGCAGUUGUAAAACAAUGGCCCAGAGACUCUUCACUUUGAGCUCAUUUUCAAGCUAAACACAUGAAAAAGAAGCACCAAAUUUAUGAACUUGGUAACACUUGAUAACACAUGUAUAGGUUUAGGUAAAUACAACCAGGAAAAGAGGCAAUACCUGUUUCUCUCUCUGUCAAAGUAUCAAGGGCUGAUCUUCAUCCUAAAUCUAGGCAUUUGAGGUUUAGCAGAGUAUUAUGGAAGGAAAAAAUAUUAACUUAAACCACUUUUAAAUAGCAAAAAUGCCUUGCUGCUCAUCAAUAUUGCCUGCAUUGUAGGAAUGAAACGUGUUUACUCAAGUUAACUUACAAAUUCACCUUAGGGAGGUUUAGCAUGUAUUCCACUGCAUCAGAUUUGGAGUCAUAGUUACUGGUAUUGCUCAAAAAGCUUAAAUGAAAAGGUUUCAUUUGUACCCACAAGUCUUUCUUGCUCUUUGCAGAAAACCUCUGAACGUUAUGCCACUCACAUGUGCCAGUUCCAGCAGAAUCCAUUUAAAUAUAAACUUAAAACUUAUUAAGCCAAUAGGAAAACUUAUCAUCCACACUCGUGGUAUAUACUUUUAGUGUGUAAACUGUAAAUACCUGAUAGCACAGACUGGGUUGUAACUAAGAUGCUGAAUUUGAGCCAAAUUUUUCUACUGGUAUUAGUUCAGUGACCUUUGAAGAGCUGAAAUAAAGAAAAGAGGGAAUACAAACAUCUCUUUGCUAGAAAUAAAAAGGCAGGAACUCAGAUUUUCUAGCUCUUGGAUUAAGGUGGAUGCUGUAUUCAGGUGUUAAGGAGUGAAACUGUUAGCAGCCCAUUAUUAAUCUUUUCAUAGAUUACCUGGGUUUAAUUACUUUGCUGAAAAGCACUGUAAAGUAUAGGAAAUAGCCACCUAUUUCAGAUUCAUCCAUCACAGUUUCCUACAAGUCUUGAUCUCCAGUGCUGCCUAUGUCAAAGUGGGUUAAAAAAAAUCAAUGGUAAGGCCAGCAGAAUUUUAUUUUGUACUUAAUACAGAGACACCACACCUUUGGCAUGGUUUCAGAUAGAAAUCCAUUUGAGUUCUGGAACUGUGUGGAAUAACAGUAAAAGGACAUUGUAGUGUUGGAAAUAAAAUAGGAAUCUACUUGCAGCAUGACAAAUUUUAAGGGAAAAUAUUGUAUUUUAUCAGUUCUUGACACUGGAAAGUAUCUGAAAAGUGUUCAGUGAGUGCUUAGUGGUAUCAAGAGUGCUCCUUUGUACAAAGGCUAAAAAUACUAACAGACACUAAAAAUGCAGAAGCCUUUAAAAACUUAACAAAAAAUAUGUAACAGGAAUUUUCACCCUAUCAGAUUUUGCUUAUCACUGCUGAAGGUAGAAUACAUUCUAGCUCUUGCAGCUGGAAAAAUCAGUAAAAAUUAGGAUGUGAUUUUUGAGCAGUAGAACAUUAGUGCCACCAGUGGAAUCCCAGAAUAAAGGUACAAAACCUGUUACAGAUGAUGCCUUCCAACUCCUACAGAAUAAGUCACCAUAAAGCUUCUGAUCUGGGAAUUUUUAUGACCAAGUCCAAAUUCAUAUUUGAUUUAGAGAGAUUGUAUCAGCUAUGCUGCUAAUAGCUAAGCUAUUUAACAGGUUUGUAAACCACAGGUUGUAGAGUACUUCCUUAACCCAUGCACUUUCAGGUAGGAUUAAACUGCCACACAAUUUACUUUAGAGCAGGCUUGGUUAGCUAAAUAAAACCAAUCCUUACAAAAGGCUUGUAACUCACCAUUUACUGGUUCAGUUACCCAAACACAAAUCUUGGGCUUAUACAUAAACCAAUAAUAUAAGGGCAUCCUAAGUGGCCUGAAAUGCACAGAUAGGUUUAAUAAUAUUGACUGCUAGGUGUCUGGCACCCAGGGUUUAAAUACUUCCAACAAGACUGAAAGAUGAACAAAGCUGUUCAAGGUAAUAAAGACAAAAGGAGAGCUCCAGUAUUGCAAGAGGAUCUCAUAGAGCUGCCAAAUAGAAGAGAGCUGUGAGAGAUGAAAACACAAGGAAGAACCAAAAGCCAAGUGAAAAGACUGAGUACUUACGUGACACAAAUUCAGUUUAAAAAGCAACUCACUGCACAACAUUCAAAAUAUUUACGUUUUCUGAAACUUUGUUUCCCGUUGCAAGACUGUAUACCAAAUUACUCGUUCUGAAAAUGUUUUGUCACUUUGUUUCCUUCAUGAUGUCAAUAGCAAAGAAGGGGUAUUUUACAUGCAGGGAUUUUAUACAUAAAUAUAUUUUUAUUUGUAAUUAAGCCAUUCUCAAUAAAGGUUUAAAGUCACAGAUAA